AUGUGCAGCAGCGCGCGGAUGAGCAGGGAUGGCGUCGCCGGUCUCCCGAUAGCGCAGCUGGCGCUGGCGCCUCUCUGGCCGAGGGGGCUUGGCGGCGGCAGUCGCGGGCGCCCCCGUCCUCCAGCUCCUCGCGGGAAGCCCGGGCACUCUGGACCGAUGCGGCUUACCUCGACGAGCUCCCGGCCGCUUUGGGUGCGAGCUCCCGUCAGUUUCGUCCUCCUCCUCCUCCUCGUCCUCGUCCUUCUUCUUUUGCCUUUUGUCCUCAUCGUCCCGUCAGUUUUGCCUUUUGCUUUCUGUCCUCUCCUCACCGUCCUCUUUGCUUCUUUUGCCUUUUGUCCUCUCCUCAUCGUCCUCUCCUCAUCGUCCCGUCAGCUUUGUCCUCUCCUCAUCGUCUUCGUCAGCGCCGCCCAGCUUCUUUUGCUGUUCGCCCCCGCUCUUGCGUCCACAUCCAGAUAA